CCCUCUGCCUGCGCCGCAGUAACGCCGGGUCCCGCUCUUGUCCCAGCCCCCUCCUCCCCCCGAACAACAUGGCGGGGCUGGGCAGCGGGGAGCGCUGGGCCGAAGCCUUAAUUGAUGCACUCAGAAGGAAUGCAUGCCCAACAGAGGAAAACAGUGAGAGUUCUGACUUCUGUGCUUGCAGCGACUGUAUGAAAGGGAAGAAGGAGAAGUGUGACAAUGAGAGGGGUCAACCGGGCUCUGGAGAAGCUAGUAUGACUUACACAGAGGAGCAGUUGUAUGGGGUACAAAGAAUAAAGAAGUGUAGCAAUUACUAUGAAAUUUUGGGAGUUGAGAGAGAUGCCAAUGAGGAGAAUUUGAAGAAAGCUUAUCGAAAACUGGCCCUUAAAUUUCACCCUGACAAAAACUGUGCUCCUGGAGCAACAGAAGCUUUUAAAGCAAUAGGCACUGCUUUUGCCGUUCUGAGCAACCCUGAAAAACGAUCACGAUAUGAUCAAUUUGGGGAUGAGCAAGAGACUUUCAGCACUCCCCGGGCUAGGAACUAUGAUUAUUACAGGGAAUUUGAAGCAGACAUCACACCAGAAGAAAUAUUCAACAUGUUUUUUGGCGGGCACUUCCCUACAGGAAAUAUUCAUAUGUUUUCAAAUGUGACACCAGACACCCACUAUUAUCAGCGACGACACCGAAAUGAGAGAGCCUGGAUGCAGGACAAAGAGGAGGACGAGAACAGGCCUCAGAAUACGUACUCUGCAUUUAUUCAGUUGCUGCCGGUUUUGGUGAUCAUAGUUGUGUCAGUUAUAACUCAGCUGAUGGCCACUAAUCCACCGUACAGCCUGUUCUACAAAUCGUCCAUAGGCCAUACCAUUCCUAGAGAAACACAAAACCUGCAGGUGCCUUAUUAUGUUGAUAAAAACUUCGAAAAUAGUUAUAAAGGAGCAGAACUUCAAGAGCUAGAGAAAACCGUUGAAAAGGAUUAUAUAGACUAUAUCCAGACCAGCUGCUGGAAGGAGAAACAACAAAAAUCUGACUUGUCGAAUUUGGCCAGAUUAUACAGAGAUGAGCGAUUAAAACAGAAAGCGGAGUCACUGAAACUUGAGCACUGUGAAAAGCUCUCCAAUCUUAUUGGACUUCACAAGGGGGGCUGAGUAGGCCAGACAAAUCCUGGGUUAUUUAUUGCUGUUUUAACUUGUUUCUAUUUUCCUUUGUAUUUAUUAAAAAAAGAAAAGAAAAAGAGCCUAAUGUAGAGUUUUAAUAAUUGGUAACUUUGUAAUGUUCACCGAACUGGGCAACCCUGAGCCAUAGACACAGUAUUUGCUCUAAUAUACUGUAUACUCUGGUUGGUUCCAAAAACCAAUGGUAUUCAAUGUAAAUUAACUCCCUAAAAUGUAGCUUAGUUUGGCACCAGUCUUCAUUUGAUAUAGUUUUUCUCCCACCCAAGCAACUUUGCUUCCCAGGAAAGUGUACAUAAUAUCUCAUAUACCCUGUAUUUUAUUUGGACAUAGACCACACUCAGUCAUUCAGGCGAUGUAGUUUUCAGUUAUAUGCUGGCAUUCCCAUAUUCAUCUGAAGCUGAUGUCCUUGCAUCCAAAAUGGCUUGUGAAAAAAAAUUGAGAGAGGGCAUACUCCCUGCUCCAUUCUACUUUCCAGUGCUUACCUCAGGUAUUCAUCAAAGCCUUGAUUCAGCUAAGUACCUAAGUAUGUACUUAGGUCUCAUUGAAGUCAGUGAGAUUUAAGCAUGUGCUUAAAAUUAAGCAUGUGUUAUGUGCUUUGCUGAAUUUAGAUCCAAACCUAUACUAUUCUUUUAUAAUUAGUGAUGUAAUUAACCCAGAUUGCCAGUAGGAAUUUGGAAAUUGUUUAUUUCUGUAAUAGCAUAUUUCAGUUGCUAACAUUCAUUUCUGUGCAUGUGGGAUGCAUUCCUGGAGUCCCUGCUCUUGUCAUUUGAACUCACCCAUUUAUCCUUUUCUCUCACGUGGAAAACUUGCAAUGAUAACAUUCAUUGUGAAAAUUACAGCUAUUCUUUAGCUAAAUUUGAAGGAUGCCAGUGGAUCUAAUUAAGCAAAGGUGUAUCCCAUCUCUUUUGCAAUGAGUGGGAGAAGCUUUCCCCCAACUAACUAAGAAAACAAGCUCAAACUUUGAGAGUUUCAUUGUAAUCAGAAACUUACAAGAGGUGAUAAUUUGUUAACUUUACAGUAGGAAAGGAAUCUUAGGUGGAUUCUUAUGACUGCCAAGCCACUGGAGAAGAGGAUGCAGCCAGAUACAUUGUUCUCGUGUAUUCUAUUCAGUGGCACAGUAUUUUUAUUUUUAAGCUUAUUGUCUAGUUUGAUUUUAUCUCCAAGCCUUCUCUUUCUUCUUGCUCCAACAGAGAUUCUCCAGGCAGUUUUUUGAUACAGUUCUUAUUUAACACAUUCUUGCUUUGAUGUGCAAUUGUCAUGCAUGUUUCACUCUAGAGAUUGAAUUUUUUUCUUUGUAAUACUAAUUUAUUACUCUCCUGUUUUAUAAUUCUCUUUUAUAAAAUCUGACAUUUAAUGGAAGGCAGAGGAAGAGAUGUACUCAUAUGUAAAGUCAUGAGUGGUGUGGAGAAAGUGAAUAAGGAAAAGUUGUUUACUUGUUCCCAUAAUAUAAGAACUAGGGGCCACCAAAUGAAAUUAAUGGGUAGCAGGUUUAAAACAAACAAAAGGAAGUUCUUCUUCACUCAGUGCACAGUCAACCUGUGGAACUCCUUGCCUGAGGAGGUUGUGAAGGCUAGGACUAUAACAGGGUUUAAAAGAGAACUGGAUAAAUUCAUGGAAGUUAAGUCCAUUAAUGGCUAUUAGCCAGGAUAGGUAAGGAAUGGUGUCCCUAGCCUCUGAUUGUCAGAGGGUGAAGAUGGAUGGCAGGAGAGAGAUCACUAGAUCAUUACCUGUUAGGUUCACUCCCUCUGGGGCACUUGGCAUUGGCCACCGUCAGUAGACGGGAUACUGGGCUGGAUGGACCUUUGGUCUGACCCAGUAUGGCCAUUCUUAUGCUCUUAUGUUAAGAGAACAAAAUGUUACUACAAAUAAUCAAGUUACUGGCUGUGUUCCUCUAGUGCAGGGCAGCUACUGUGUACUGCAUUACCAUUAUAAUCUAGUUUAACUGGCCUAAGAACUGUAAGGCUGAUCCUCCAGUGGACUAGAUCUGAUGUAGAGGCUCUUAUUCCACACAACCACCCUGCAGCCAAUGUAGCUGGGAAAAGAGGGCAUGGCCCAGAUGCUUCUGCAACAUUUCAAUCCUCAGUUGCAUUUUGGCCCCUUAUAACUAUUUCAGCCUGGUGUAAAUUAGAGCAUCCUUUCAGCUGCUCUAACAGUACAAAGAGACCAGCCUGCAUGCAGCUGCAGGAGGAUCAAGGCUGUCCAAAGGUGGGUUUUAAACCACUUAUGCCUAUACCCUUAAUAGGACUCUGCAGCUUAGCUGCACCCCAUGUUCUGGACUGUUGUAUUUAAUCUUUGACUUGACUUAACAGCAGAAGGGGUAGGCACUCAUCAUACUUUUCUUUUCUUUUUCUGUCUACAAAUUUGUUAAACAGACUCUUCUAGAGGAUGAAAUUGCCUUUUUCCACGGACUAGGUACAUUACUUGUAGUGAUAGUGCAGGCUUCUCCAUGUUCAGCCCAGAUCUUGUUAGUAAUAGUGACUCUUGUAAUGUGUUGACACCUCUCCACUAAGAACUAAUCCAAUACUCCACCCACUUUUAAACCUCACGAUAGGUAGUGCAGGUAGCCACAAUUUGCUUUUUUUUUUUUAAAUCUAAGAUAUCACAUACAAAAUACUACCUGAGAAUAACGUUAAGGUUGCAAAGUCAUGGGCUCCAAAAUUAAGAAAUGGCAGAAUUAAGGUUGCCCAUGCAGCUUUAGUGCAGCCUCUGCGUACGUUAUUUUGCAGUCUAUAAUUACAUGAUCACAUACUUUUUUUUUUUUUUCCCCUCACCGGACUGCUGCCUCGUUCAGUGUACAGGAUGCAGUGCUGAGGAAAAAUGAAUCAGGGUUGUAUAGAGACAGUUGUCUGUAAGACUGUUUAUUGUAGAAAUUGGAAGGUGCAUGGGGAAUGAAAUGGGAUUGCAGUAAGAGAAAGGAUAGUUUGAUAGUUAAGGUAACUGAAUUCCGCGCUUGAAAGGUUGGAUUCUGUCCCUGCCUCUGCCAUAAAGUUUUUGUGUGGUGCUGGGCAAGUCACUUAAGCCGAACUUUUUUCACAGGUGGCCGCUAGUUUGUUUGUCAUCUUGUGAGUGUCUGAUUUGAGACACCUGGGGGCUGAUUUGCAGAAGUGCUGAGCACUCACAACUGUAGAUGAAGUCUGUGUUUUGAACAUAUAAAGUGUUAUAAAAUACGAAGUUUUCUGAAAAAUCAGACUACAGGCACCUUGGACACUUUUUUGACAGGAAUCUCUCUGCCUCAGCCCCCCCAUAUGUGAAAUGGGAAUAAUACCCCCUUUUCUCUAAGGGUGUUGUGAAGAUAGAUUGAUUGAUGGUUGUGAAGCACUCAAAUACUAUAGUGAUGAGUUCUAUAGAAAACCCACAAAGAAAUUAAAUCUGUAUUUGAUGCAGGGCUUGGAUGGCGUGCAGUAUAAAUAAGGAUGGACGCCACAGACUGCUCAAUGAGGAUAAAACAAAAUAUUGAGUAGCUGCUUAUUCAGCGAGCAACAUCCAUCCUGUGCUCUGAAUGAGGCAGGGAUCCUGCAGGGGGAAAAAAUAGUAUGUCCUCAUAUAAUUAAAGAUUGUAUCAUCAUGCAUGCUCACAAGGGUGCCAAAUUAACAUUUCACAGGCGACCUUAAUUCUGCUGUUUUCCUAAUCUGAGUGCUGUACUUGACUUUAUAUUAAAAAACUUUAUAAACAGCAUUGUAUAUGUAAUUUGAUAUAUGCCACAAUAGAUUUUAUGUGAACAGCAGGUCAGUGUUUACACCGAGUUUAGUAUCCUCCAGUUAUUUCUAAUUUACGCUCCCAGUACUAUCAAAAAUGUGGUAGGAAAACUGAAUGCUAUGAGCUGGUUAGACAUAUAACAUGUACUGUAUAUAACUUGAAUACCUACAUAAUAUUUUGUAUUUACAGUAUAUUUCGCCUUUCAUCCAACAAUCUUAGUGUUUUAUAGAGGCAGGACAUGAUCUACAAGAAGCACCAUCAUUUUAGGAGUCUUCUGUAGGACUCAAGAAGAGAACAUGAUUAAGUGGAAAACAAGACUGAAAAGUAAAGAGAUGUUUUAAAAAACAGUAAGAUGUUCUGUAUUCAGAAUCAUGGCCAGUCAUAUCAGAGAUUAAAAUCCUUCUCCGAGACUACUUCAAUGCCAGUAUUCUAGGGAAUGUGAGUAAAAACAAUUAGCAACAUAAAGUGUCUUGUUCUAAUGUUUGUCGCUACUUCUGUUUUUGCUAGGAAAUAGAUAAAAUAGAUCAAAUCUAGUCAAAUAUUUCUUAAGGUAACAGUAACUCGUUAAAUGAACUGCUUUCUUUAACCAGAAGGCAUUUACCAAAUUGUGAUCAACUUCUAUUUCCUGGUCUCUAAAUUAGAGUGUUUUUCUGAGCAGCAAGUAGGGCGUGUUCAUUUUUAUUUAGGCUUCUAAUAUUUCCUGCCAUGAUAUAAAUGUGAGCUGUGUAAGGAUAUUUAUUACUUUUAAGAAGGUGCUUGAAGCUUUGUAAGCCCUCUGGGCUGUUUCUAUGAGAAUUCCAAUAGAUUUGUGAAUAUGAUUAUAUUUUUAGAAAUGAAGGAUUUCACAUUCUAAUUUAUGUACAUACUGUGGGUGAAAAGAUACUGAAUAUGAAAAGAGACAUGGUUGUGGAGUUUUGGGCUUUAUCAUGUGAAAUUGAUGAUGUGCAAUGGUUUCCACAAAGACUUGUAAUGAAAAAUUAAUCACUGACCCACUGGUGGCCAUAAUCCUGAGGCAGUGGUUCUUCAGUUUUCUUGUGAAGAUGGAACACUCUUGGCUUCUUAAGCAGCGGGAGAGGUGGGGAACAAGGCAGGGCAGAAUAGCAUUGCCACUUGAAAAGCCUGUUUUCUUCCAAGCAGAGAAAGCAAAGCAGUUUUUGAAGGCUGUCCUUGGAGAGUCUAGAUUACCUUUUCAGACCAAGCCAUUAACGCUGUCUUCCUAUCUAUGAUCCACUUGAAAGUCCCAAUCUCUCUUCCUCUUGCCAGCCCCCGAGACAACAUAAGGUACAAACUCUAUCCUUAGAGUACUCACACAAAUAUAAUUUAAGCCAAUGGCAGUUUCAUACGUGUAUCCAAAGGGAGAAUUUGGCCCUGUGCUUUGGAAACAUGGCUCUAUUGUGUGAUCUUCUCUGAUGCACUGGAUUUUGACAGGAGCAGCCCACGGUAAUCAAUUAAUUGAUACUAGAAACAGUUUUUCCACUUUGAUAAAUUGCAAAGUGCAGUAAUGUUACAACGUACAGAUUUAUAGUCAGGAUUAACUAUGUAUUUUCUUCAAUAUUUGUCCAACUAAAGAGAUGCUCACUUUGUGGGUAAAUAUAGGUGGUAAUGUAAACGAAAGAUUUGCAUUUCCUGAUAUUAUAAAUUAUUUCUUACCUAAGCACGCAUGAUGCAUCAAAAGAUGCAGCAUUUAUUUUGUUGGUUUCAAACUUUUGUUUAAUGGAAAGUGCAAUCUUAGUAUUCCUAUUUAUUUAACUUAUUUCAGUAGGAGAUAUUAAAGUAUUUAUUUUCUGAAUGUAUAUUCCAUUUACCUUAAGUAAAUCCAUAUUGGCCAUACUGUAAUAGUGUAUCAGUCCAUUGAACCUUGACUGUACAGUUCUAAUUUACAUAAGUUGUAUAUUUGUGUAUAUUUCCUCUCUGUAUUGUUACACUAGAUGAUUAGAAAAUAAGCUGUUCUGUCCUUACUACAGUAAGAAUUCUGGAAAAAUCAAUUCUGUCUUGAUUGUUGGGUCUGAAUAAUCAGCUCAGUUCUUGAGACCUUAGUUUGUUUUGACUUGUGUACUCUUAAUCAGAAGAUGAAGUUUUUGUAUUAAAUGUAAUGGAGUCACGCUGUU